AUGCUUAUUUUACUGAAAAAUUUUUUCUCAAAUAUUAGUAUAUUUGUAGAAAUUGACCAUUCUGUUAAAGCUGCAAAGGAAAAACAAGAGGCUGUGCUAGAAUUGAAAGCAAUAGAACAAAAGAAAGAAUUGUUAAAUGUUAUCAUUUUCUCCGCCAUAAAUGUGGGUGCCAAAAAAAGAAUUAUGGCUGCAACCUUUCACACCAAUAAUUUAAUAGAGUCUUAUUACAAUCAGCUGAAGACUUUCUAUCUUGGACGUGCAAGAUCUCUUCGAGUAGAUAGACUUAUUUAUCUUCUGGCCAAAGUCUUGACUCUUGACUACAGACAAGAGAACGUUAAGACGUUAUAUGGAUUCCAAUCAAAUGGUUUUCUGCAAAACUGCACUUGCCCUGAUACUUCCAAGCUUUGCAAGCAUAUCUUUCUCAUCAAUUGUAUACUAGACAUUUCCUACUCUUUGCGUCAAAGUCUUUCCUCCUCUCCCUCUGCUGUCUAUGUAUCUAAUACUGAUACUAAAGCAGUAGUUGACACUUCCCUUCUUUCUGAUGAGAUAGAAGCUGAUAUCAUGAAGUAUCGUCAAUUAUACUCUGUUGAACUUGACAGCAAGAUAGCUGAGUACAAGGGAAUUCCAGAAGACAUGAGCCAGUUCUUAAAUAUGUUGAAGUUUGCAUACAAAAAGCAGAAAGAACAUGGCUUCCCCUCUCAAUCCCGUCCACCUCAACAAACAUAA